AUGAUAUGUAAAUCAAUUACGAAUAAAAUACGAGAAGAAUUAGGUAAAAUGAAGGUUUUCUUCAUGUUUAUGGGUUCAAUAAAAUCAUUAUUAAAUCAGCAAAAAUAUCGUGCUGAAAUUAAACUUAAUCCUCAAUAUAAUCAUAUAUAUGCACCUGGUCAUACUUAUUGGUUAGAUGCUCUUAAAGAUGGAAUCGAUCGUGGAAAUAAGCCCUACUAUUGUCCUGUUGGAUGGACGCGAUGUUCUUUUUAUGUCACUGAUCGAUUCUAUGAGAAAUUUAAAGGAUGGUGUAUAUGUUAUCAUGGUACAAAAUUCGCAUAUGGUUUAUCUAUUUUAUUGAGUGGAUUAAAACCGGCAGAAAACGACGAACAUGGUGCCGGAAUAUAUGUUUCUCCAUCUAUUAAUUAUGCAUGUCAUCCAAGAUAUGCUGAAGUUAAGCUAAUUGAUGCAUCAUAUGGUAGUAAAUUUUUCAAGUCGGGUAAAUAUGUACAAUUUGUAUUAGAAUGUCGUGUUCAUCCGAGUAAUAUUAGAAAAGUAGCACCGGAGACAUUAGAUGCUCAAAACACGAUUAUUGAUUUCAAUAUUAACAAUAAUAUUAUCGAAUGGAUUAUCAAUAAUCAAAAUAAAAAGAUUGUAGAUUUUAAUGAUCCAAAUUCUUCUAUUGUUUGCACUGGACUAAUGAUGCGUGUUACAAAUGAUCAUCCUGGCUUAUUAACUGAGUCGCAAUGGUGGUACGAAUCGCAUCUAUGCAACAAUGAAAAAUGUUGUGUGUUGGGUAUUGCUCUUGAUGCUCUCCAAAGACAACGUUUUAAUGGAUAUAAGUGUAACGUCAUCUAUGACUAA